AACGGGUCGUGCGCGUAACCCGAAUUGAGUCUGGGCUUUUAACUUUGCGAAAAAGUGAUAAAUAAAUUCAUCAGACCCUCUCCAAAACCCUAGCACAAAUUUUUCCUUGGUGACGGCAUCAGCAGCAGCGUCGGCGGCGAGAAGCUACAUUCGCAAUGGGGAUCGAUUUGAAGGCAGGAGGUAAGUCCAAAAAGACCAAGCGAACCGCCCCAAAAUCCGAUGAUAUUUACCUCAAGCUCCUCGUCAAGUUGUACCGUUUUCUUGUUCGGAGGACUGGGAGUAAUUUCAAUGCCGUCAUUCUCAAGCGUCUUUUCAUGAGCAAGGUCAACAAGCCUCCGCUAUCCCUCUCCAGAUUGAUCCGUUACACCAAGGGAAAGGAGGAUAAGAUAGCUGUGGUCGUUGGGGCCGUGACCGAUGAUAUUCGUGUGUACGAGGUGCCUGCUCUGAAGGUAGCAGCACUGAGGUUCACUGAAACUGCCAGAGCUAGAAUUGAGAAAGUUGGCGGGGAAUGUCUCACCUUUGAUCAACUGGCUCUUAGAGCUCCUCUCGGCCAAAACACGGUUCUUCUUAGAGGUCCUAAGAAUGCUCGCGAGGCCGUCAAGCACUUUGGACCGGCUCCUGGUGUGCCCCAUAGCCACACCAAGCCCUAUGUCCGUUCAAAGGGACGGAAAUUUGAGCGGGCCAGAGGGAGAAGGAAUAGCAGAGGCUUUAGAGUUUGAGUUUUGUAGCUCAAACAUGAAGGAAUUUUCCUCUUACCUUGUGAUCAUUAUGUAUUGUUUUCUCGUGUUUUUUGAACAAUCGUUAAUUUUAGUUUUUACUUCUCCUUCCAAGGGAAAAAUAUUGAAGCUCCUUCCCCGAACAAUUUUGUUCUAGCAAACUACUUUUGAGAGGAUUAAUGAGUAAUUAUUUGCCUACUUAA